GUUCCCGCUGGUUCCACAUGCUGGAAGGCCAGCAGCCCGGAUCUGGCUGAGCACGCCCUUCUGCAGCCACGGCUCGUGAGGUCCGGCCCCGUGGCAUCAGCAGCGGGGAGAAAAGACACAACAUGCGGCUCCGGCCGGCCGCGUGCUUCCUGCCCUCCCUCGCUCUCCUCCUGCUGCUGCGCGCAGGGUCUGCAGGGAAGGCUUCUCCUCCACCCAUUUCCGUGAUCCAGACGCCUCCCUUUUUGAAUGUGGAGGAAGGCUCAACCCUGAGUAUGGAGUGCCGGGUCGAGGGAGUCAGCACGGAAGAGCUGUGGUUCAUUGCCUGGCGUAAGAUGAGUCACACACAAAUGCAGUUAGAGAACUCAAGCAAAAUUUGUUUCAUUGUGAAUGAAGCAAACAUUUCCAGUACUCUCACCAUCACGGCAGCCGAGCUGGUCGAUUCUGGAAAGUACUUGUGUUCUUUCGGCUCAACCAACCGGACCCAGGUUUCCAGUAAUGGGACACAAGUCAUUAUUAGCGAAAUCACAGAUUUUGAGGUGAGCCAGACUCCGGAACACGUCGAAAAAGAGGAAGGGACCAACGUCACCAUGGAGUGUCGCUUCAGGACGGUCGGCAACACCAGCACGAUGUUCGUGAAAUGGAGCAGAGAUGGCGCUGGUGGAGAGCUGACCAACCAGGAGGGCUCACGAGUCCUGAGCCAGGAUCUGGAGAAGGGCUUGGCUUCCCUCACGCUGCUGGAUGCUCGUGUGGAUGAUUCAGGGUCCUACAAAUGCGAAGUGGAGAACAGCGCAAGAAACCGGUCCGGAUCUGGGCCUAGAUCUCAUGUUGUCAUCAAAGCCGCGAAGCUGUCCGUGCAGCAAAGCCCUGCCUCCAUCCAAGGCAGAGAAGGGGACAACCUCACGCUGAGCUGCCGCGUGGUGGGAGCCAGCUAUCCCAGGUGCCAGCACAGCGUCACGUGGUACAAAGACGGGACUGCGGUGGGCACGGGAGAAUGCCUCCCCGGGAGUGGCCAGGUGACCUUCAGCCUGAGGAACGUCAGAAUGAGAGAUGCCGGAUUCUAUUGGUGCAACUUUGCAAAUCGCGGCCAAGGAAAUAGGACCCGGGUGACCGUGCUUGAACGAAAGAACGAGCCAGUCACCAACAGACACGGUGGUGGAGUUGGAGUGGCAAUCGGCGCAGGAAUCGGCGCGGCAAUCCUCUUUCUCCUGUUGCUGCUCAGCAUCUUAGUGUGGAGAUGCAAGAAGAAAGCAAAAGAAACUCCUGCAGGCACAGAAAAUGAACUCCAGAAGCAUCCUCCCUUAACCACCAAAGAGAGUGACGUGACCUAUGCCCACCUGCGCUUCAACAAACGGGAAGUACAGCCAGAAAGCGAAGUGGUGUAUGCAGAAGUGAAAAAAGGUCCGAGGCACUGAAGCAGCAAAGUUGGCCAGAUCCAGCCCCGGGGCAGCUGGUCCCGCUGGAGAAAGUGAAGCAGAGCGGUGAGAAGGGGCGAAAGACAAGCUCCCCUCAGCAGCUCCUGAGACCCGCUCCUCCCGAAACCGUAACUUGUUUUUUCUGGCAUCCUUCGGUGCCCAGUCACCUGCUCUCUAGCAAUGGAAGGACCGCAACUUUCUUCCCUUCCCUGACUCUUUUCCCCGGGUGGCCCAGCCCUGUCAACUAAUGCCUGACUCCUAGGAUCCCGGUUUUCACACUGGCACUCAAAGGGGCAACCCUGUACCCGUAAUUCCAUGGGAGAGAGACUUUCUGAGAAGAGCAUCUUCCCAGGAUUCCCUGAAUCCAGAAGCUGGCCCUGCAUCGCUCGUCUCAGACUAGAUGGCCGGGAGGCCCCUCCUGACUCGCUCUGCUUCUAUGUUUCCCCAGCCACUGGACAGAGCACAGUCCCUCCUGUCCAGAAUAUUUGUGGAGGGAUUUCCCCUCCGUGGAACCAGCCCUGCUCAUCCCUUGCAGGAGAUGCUCUGACUGGCACCACUCCUUCCCCGAUCGCACUGAACAUCUCUGAAGCUCCGCUGGUGAGGAGGAAGGAUUGGAAAUAGACAAGAUCUUAAACCAGUCCGUGUUCUACCCAUCUGUGGUGCCGACUGAUGCGUUUGCAUUAACACGGGAAAGGUGCCAGGGAAAACAUUUACUGGGAGCGAAGCCAUCCAGUGAAAGAGCCACAAGGGGCCAGUUCCAUGUCGCGGGCAUGGAUGCGUAAGAGACCGGUCUGCGGUUGCAUUUCUGUGACAUGCGCCUGAUGAAAUAGAGACAUAGAAAUAUAAAUGUAGUCCUGCAGCUGACUUGGGGGCUAAAUUUGUCUUUUGAUCCUGGUGUUCACGUGCAUGCAGCCCCCUGCUUCCCCUGCAAGGAAGCAGCAAGGCUAAUAAAAACAGCGCUUCCCCUCGAACGGCUCCACCAGGGCGCCCCCAUUCACGCCGAGGCGCGACUCUCGGAAUAACUCAAAAGUAGCAUCUGAGGAAUUCAGCCAAGCGGGGAUCCUUGCAGAGUUUCUCCUCCAGUGCCAAGUACUUCAGCGGCGCUUUUUCCUUGUGCCUGGGGAGGGGGAACAAGACCAAGAAAGAAGGGAAACCACAUCCUGUGAAGAGCAGGUCCACCUUGCUUGUGCCGAGUUGGGAGAGAGGAGCGGCCACGUGGGGGCGGGACCAGGCAGCUGGCCGGGGCGCCACAAGAGCCCCAGGCGUGUGCUUCUCCGCCCUUCCCCAUUGGCCCUGCCUCAAGGGGGCCAAGCGGACAAUGGCGGCGCAGGAGGGGCGGGCAGGGCUUGGCAUGGCCCCCCAGCACUCGGCCUUUCCAGGAAAAGUUGGGAGCGACGAGGAAAGGAAGGAUGAGGUAUGGGCACAGCUGGGGAGGAGGCAGGCUCUUGGAGGGAGGGGCUGCUGAGGGCCCUUGGCAGGGGCCUUCACAAACCAGAGGCCAGCCCAGGGAGAUGCGAGAGCGGGCAGUCUUGCCCAGUGGAGGGAGCAGGCCGUUCCUGCAUUGUUCCACGGGUGCAGAACCAAUGGAUGGGAAUGGCAGGGAGCAGAUUUUGGCUAAACUUCUGGGGAGAUCUCGUUGUUACUAUUGCUAGGGACAGCCACCGCUCUCCGGGUGGCACACGGCAGUUAAUAAGGACAAUAAAACACCAGGUAAAAUCCCAGUCAUAGACGUUGCACCAAAGAUGUAGCAACUGAAACAAUUGAGGCUCAGCCGUACAGCUCAGCUUGCUAAAAAAAGGACGGGCACACCCCAGCACCGCCGUGAAGCCGUUUAGAGGCGAGGGGUUCCUCAGCACAGCUGCCCCGAAGCAGGGGUGUGGGGGGCAGUUCUGCACUGCAAGGGCUUCCCGUGGCAGUCCCACAGCCCAGGCAGUGGCACUGACCCAGAUCCACCAACCCCCCCCCAGCCGCUUCCCCCCGCACGAGUGGCAGGCAAAGCUUGUGGGCAAAGCACCGCAGAACACCACAUCACAACCGCGGGACGGGCCUCUCAUUGCGGGGAUUUCGUUUCGCUGCAGCCCAGAAGUGCAGAGAAGCCCGGGAUUUCUGGGGAGGGUGGGCGAGGAUGCCAGCAUCCCUGCUGCCCCCACUGCGCCACAGCUGAGAAUGGCGACGGUGCUGGGGCAGAGGCCGAACGGGGCUUGGGAGAUCCAUGCGCCAGCCCCCACGUGGCCACGGAGCUUCAACGCCGGGGCGGCGCUGGGGCAGAGACCGAACGGCUGUUGGUCUGGGAUACCGUCCUGCAUCUUGCACUGUGGACCCUGCCUGGAGCUGGUGCUGGGCCAGUUCAAGGGCGGUUAGGUGUCCAGGCUGGCCCGGUCUUCUUGCUUUGGAUUUUAUUUUGCUAGCAGCACAGCAACGCAGCGCCGGGGGUGACGGGCGGGCCGGAAGAGCUCCCCACUUGGAAGGAAGGAAGGAAGGAAGGAAGGAAGGAAGGAAGGAAGGAAGGAAGGAAGGAAGGAAGGAAGGAAGGAGGUAAGGAAGGGGUGCUUCUGGAGCCCGGGGAUUUUCUGUCUGGGCAGGACAGGGGUGUGCGGCCCUCUCGUGCACAAACCACCCACCUUUUCCCUGUAACCGUUCUUCAUAUUAGCAACCUAUUUUAGGCUGAGUGGGCAGCUGGGGGAACCACCCUUUGGUUCUGGCAAUCAUUGAGCAGCCAGGAUUUCGAAAGUCUUGCUAAUGUUUUGCAAUUCACCCCAAGAUCCACUGUUGGGUCCAAAAUUAUUUUCAAGGCCCCUUUCAGCUAUAAGAAUCUAUGGAUGGGUGUCCGUGUUACUGACUACGCAUCAUUAACAGCACAAUUGCUUGUGAGCUGAGCCUGGAGAGGGGGCCUACAAGGGUCGAGUCUAAACUUGCACUGGAUUGCACCAGCUGGACUGCUGGCGUUGGCAAGGUCAGGCAGCUUGCUGACUGGCCCAAACCUCCAGAAUUCCUUGCCGUGUUAAACUCAGAAGAUAAGAAUAGCCCUGCCGGAUCAGUCCAGCAUUCCAGCACGGGAUCCCACAAGCGAAGGAAGAAUGCCACAGCACCGCACCCCUGUUCCCGGGAACUGCUGCACAUGAGCCCGCGGCCCCCAGUGCCGGAGGGCGAGAGCUGCAUUUGCAUACCUGCUAAGGCGGAGCUCCAAGAUGUGGAUUCGGAACAUCGCGUCAGAGCAGUAGUUCAACCUAUAGAAUGCCUUCCUCCAGGCCGAGAAUGAGACGACCUGUUCCCAUGGAUUUUAUGGCAGCAGGCCUUUUCUCCCCUGCCGCUACUGCACAGCCUUUGGGGAUGCACCCUGGUUCCCUCCCACCCCCUCGGAACAAAACUAUUUCAGUAGGUCACUGGGAAGGCCAGCCGUAGCUCCUGAGAGCCUGGGAAGGCAGCUUCACAGCCAGCAUCCCUGGUGCUUUUUCUAUCAAGCCGAAAGUAGGAGGAAGGCCUCCAAGACAUUCUUCUGGCUUUUGGACAUGGGAAAAGUUCCCUGCACUACCUGUGGAGCCUCAAGGACCUCCUCGCUGAUGUUCAGGUUCCGCCUGAACAAGGAGCCACAUCUGCCAGACACCAAGAAGCCCGUUCGGAGGGAGAGAAGCCAGCUGCACCCAAAGCAAAUGUGUGGCCCAAACUGGGCAAGGCUUGCACUCUGAUAAGUGACCACAUGUUCAUUCUGAACUUGGAGGAUGCUUUUUUGCAAUGCCCUCUUGCAAAUCUGUUUUUGUGUGCAUUUCUACUAAAUAUACCCAUUUGUUGCAACAGCUGUUUCUAAUGUACAGCCUUUCUGGAAGCUAUUUCCCUGAAAUAGCUGGUUUUUGUCCAUAUUUUUGUCCAUAAACUCCAUUGUCAAAUCUGGAGUGGUAUGAAUUUUGACAGAUCACUGAGUUCAGUUU